GUGAAGACCUCACGCCAUUUCUCCCUCAUCCUAUCUACGAUCUUCUCCCCUUUCUCCCUCCUUAUCUCUCUCUAUCUCCGAAGUUACACCUCCCGGACCCAGUUUCCUCCUCCCUCUCGAGGAUGAGGCCCUGGACGCUGGCUCUCCUCCUUCUGCAGGCUGUUCCUCUGUCCUUGGGCGUCCUUCCGGAGCUCUGGGUCGGCCGAACCAUGAAUUUCUUCGCCGACUAUCUCCAUUUUUACGGCGUCGGGGGAGUCUACUACUUAAAGCCGGAGGCAGAUUGGACGCCCUUCUGGUCCAGCUUCGUGCGCGGAUCCUUCAGGUUGGGCGUGGGCGUGGCGGUGCUGGACUGGGCGCGCAACAAGUCCCUGAACUUUGGCAAUCAUCCCACCAGACCUUCGCUUCUCGUGCUGCCUCUCCUCAGGCCGGAGGAGAGAAGCCUUCUGACUCGGAUCCUAGAGGGAGGCACCGGCGAAGAGAUUCGGAUCCUUCUCUUCUCCGACAGCUCCUUCGGGGAUUUCUUGGCGGAGACGUAUCUGCCUCUUCUGAAUCUGGUACAAAUCGCGGCCGUGAGCGACGAAGGGAUCAGCCUGUGGGAGCAACACCAAGUGAAUCGAAACCUUCCGAGGAGAGUCCGGCGAAUCGGAGUCUGGCGUCCGUCCGACAACGACCUCCUCUGCGCGACUUGUCAUACGACCCUCCUCGGGGAUGCGCAGAGGAGGAACGACCCGAGUGCUGUCGCUGUGAGGAGCGGGUUGAUGGGGAGUGAGUUCGUGAGUAAGAGGGAGGGCGUGGUGGAGCAAGAGAGGAGAGGAGUGAUGGUGGCGUUUCAGAAUGACGUCGCUGCCAGACGUACGGACCUGGAGGGAAUCACGCUCAACUGCACGGCGGAGAAGUGA